ACACACAGGUGUGAUAGGAGGCUCAGUGAUGGGUCUGCUCUUGCGUUAUAUUCCUGAGUUGGACUCAGACAUGCUGACGCUAGUUUCCUUCCCUGGAGACAUUCUCAUGAGGAUGCUGAAGAUGCUCAUCCUCCCCCUCGUCAUCUCCAGUCUCAUCACAGGUCUGGCAGGUCUAGAUGCUCGCUCCAGUGGGAGGAUGGGUACCAGGGCCAUGGUGUACUAUAUGUCCACCACCGUCAUCGCGGCUGUGCUGGGUGUCAUCCUUGUGCUCGGGAUUCAUCCAGGAAACCCCAAACUCAGGACCAAUCAGACCAGCACUGGACCCUCUAACCAGGAGGUCAGCAGCAUGGACGCUUUCCUGGACCUGAUCCGUAACCUGUUCCCUGAGAACCUGGUCCAGGCCUGCUUUCAGCAGGUUCAGACGGUGGUGAAGAAGGUCCCGGUGCCUGUCAGCAACCAGAGCGAACCUGUUUCUGUCAACAGGAAGAAGCUGGAGUUUAAGUGGGGGAUGAACGUUCUGGGUUUGAUCGGCUUCUUCAUCACGUUCGGGGUCUGCAUGGGCAAAAUGGGCGAGAAGGGAAAGAUCAUGUCUGAGUUCUUCAACAUCCUCAACGAGAUCAUCAUGAAGAUGGUGUCCAUGAUUAUGUGGUACUCUCCGUUCGGUAUCGCCUCUCUGAUCUGUGGAAAGAUAGCCGCCAUCGGUGACCUGGAGGCCGUGGCCCAGCAGCUCGGCAUGUACAUGGUGACGGUGAUUGUUGGUCUCAUUAUCCACGGUGGGAUCAUCCUGCCCGUCAUAUUCUUUUCCGUGACACGGAAAAACCCCUUCACCUUUUAUUCCGGGAUCUUCCAGGCCUGGAUCACGGCACUCGGCACAGCCAGCAGCGCCGGCACGUUGCCCGUCACCUUCCGCUGUCUGGAGGAGAAUCUGAAGAUCGACAAGCGGGUCACGCGGUUUGUGUUGCCCAUCGGCGCCACCAUCAACAUGGACGGCACGGCGCUUUACGAGGCAGUGGCUGCUAUUUUCAUCGCCCAGAUGAACGGCAUCGAGCUGGACGGAGGACAGAUCGUCACCGUGAGUAUGACGGCCACUCUGGCGAGUGUCGGAGCCGCCAGUAUUCCCAGUGCUGGUCUGGUCACCAUGCUGCUCAUCCUCACCGCAGUGGGUCUCCCAACACAGGACAUCAGCCUGCUGGUGGCAGUGGACUGGCUGCUUGACAGACUGCGAACCUCCAUCAACGUGGUGGGUGAUUCUUUCGGAGCAGGUAUCGUGGACUUCCUGUCUCGUGCAGAGCUUUCCCAGAUGGACGGAGACAUUCCCCUGUCAGACGAGGAGUUUGUCCCUCCUCCCCCGCUCCUUACUGAUAUCGACCUGAUUGACCCUAUCUGCCCCCCAGAACUGCCCCCUCGUUUCCCCCGGCCCCCCAAACUCAACCACCACCAGCAGCAACAGCAGCAGCAUCAGCCACAUCAGCAGCAUCACCACUUCCACCCUGCUGCAUCUCUGAGCCACUCUCGCUCUUACUCCACUCGCUCUGCUCGCUCUCUAUCCCCUCGCUCCGUCCAGUCUCCCUCACCUCUCUCCGUGUGCUCGCACUCUCCUCGUCCUCACCGCACUCACUCGCCCCGCCUCCUGAACCGCCGCUCUGACCACGCCUACUGCGCUCUGCCAACACACGAUCCCCAGGCAUCGACGCUGCCACGAGACCACCGGGAGAGACGGCGAGAGCGAGAGAGAGGCAGCGAGAAGCUGCGUAGAAGAGAGAGAGGCCGAGAGAGCGAGACAGAGGAAGACGAAGAGAGAGAAAGGAUGAUGGAUGAGGGCAGUGAGGGAGAAGAAAGUGAUGACACCGCCUACGACCGGAGUCACGCCAUCGCACCCUGUGAGCUGCCCUGAGUGACAGAGUCACCCUGCCACGACCACCACCACCCACCCACUUUAAACCACUUUUACUACACUUCCUAACGCUUUACGGCACCCGCUCACAGCUUUUAUGAACUUAUUUAUUUGUAAAUUCUUCACAGGAAGGUUCACACAAAGCCGUCGUUCCCUUCAUUCAUUCCUAAAUGUGUGUAAAAGGAACCUCACUAAUUAAUGAUUAAUGACCAGCUUCCAACUGUGAUUAAAUUAAUAAAUACAUCUGUUUAAUGAGACAAAUGAGACUAGGCUUUCAUUCAGGACAAAAGUAAUGGCACCCUCUAAAGGGUGGACGAGUUAGUGUGUGUCUGUGGCAGCUGGUGCGCUGCAGUA